AUGGCAACCCACCCGACAACCGACAAUCUACGGGUACGGCUUGAACGAAGACCUGAUGGGCAGUCAGGCGCCAUCAGAGUCAUCGUUGAAAAUAAUCAUCCAAGCCAGGUUAUGACGCUGCUGAGAUGGGACACGCCAUUGGACAUAUCUUGCUUCAGAACAGGGACUCUGAGGAUGGUUGACGCUGCAAGCGGAAAGAUAGUGCAGGGGCCUGGCAUCAAGAUUAUUAGGAAGCUGCCUCCAUCUCGUGAGGAUAUCAUUGAGAUUCGAGCCAAGGGAAAUGUUGAGCAGGAAUUCGAGCUCAAUGAGUCUUGGAUGCCGACUGACGGACGAUCUGUCAGCAUCAGUGCGCGGGGUAGCUGGAGAGCGGCAUGGCCCAAGACGAAGGCUGAAGUGACCACCGAGGAUUUGGAGGCGAUGACAGGCGCGGGGGCGAUGCAGGGCACUUUCGUCAGCGAGGCUGAUGUAGAGCUGAAGUUGCAUCGAUAG